GACCCAUAGAUAGUGGGCGGGUCCCUUCAAGGUUGCCAGAACACAGUCGAAACCUUAAAAAGGUCUUAAAUUUAUGUUUAUAUUUUAAGAAUAGGGACAUAACAACUACAUGUUAUAUUUUCUACAUUGUUUGUUCUGUUCUGUACUUGUAGUCUCACAGUUACGCUUAUUUUUACUGAAACCCUAAGCUGUUUCAUGGUAAUGAUCCGUCCCGAACGGAACGCCUUUUCGCCGUUCCUGUUCCUCCAUAGGCUAAAAGGAUAGUGGUGGACAGUGUGGGACCAUGCUAAAGUUCACAACUAGUUUAUGAUUCAUUUGUUCAACACCGAGUUGAGAGUUAUCAAAGAGAACGAAGAUCAUGAGCGGGAAUCGAGAUCUCAGUUUCGAUCCCAAAGAGCAUCAGCAUCUGCGUUACAACCCGCUGAAGGAUAGCUGGGUCUUGGUUUCGGCCCACCGCAUGAAAAGACCCUGGGCUGGGCAGGUAGAAAAACCACCUGAGGAGCUCAUACCUAGAUAUGAUCCCCGCAACCCACUCUGCCCCGGCAACACGAGAGCCAAUGGAGAGGUAAAUCCAAGCUACGACAGCACUUUUGUGUUUGAAAAUGACUUCCCCGCUCUUCAGCCUGAUGCUCCAGAUCCUGGUUCAGAUCAGCAUCCGCUAUUCCAGUCAAAAGCCGCCAGAGGUGUUUGUAAGGUCAUGUGCUUCCACCCCUGGUCUGAUGUCACCCUCCCUCUGAUGAAAAAAGAAGAGAUUAUCAAGGUGAUUGAUAAAUGGGCUGAAAUUGUAGAGGAACUCGGUGCUACGUAUCCAUGGGUUCAGAUUUUUGAAAAUAAGGGAGCAAUGAUGGGUUGUUCGAAUCCACAUCCUCACUGUCAGGUGUGGGCUAGCAGCUUCCUGCCCAAUGAGCCUGCUGUGUCUGACCGCUGCCAAAGAGCAUACUAUCAGAAAAACGGAGAGCCGCUGCUGGUGCAGUAUGCCAAACAAGAAGCAGAGAAAAAGGAACGUGUGGUGGUAGAGAAUUCUGAUUGGCUGGUGGUGGUCCCAUAUUGGGCAACGUGGCCCUACCAGACGUUGCUGUUACCACGACGACACAUCCUCAGGAUCAAUGAACUGACAGCAGAGGAGAGAGACAGUCUGGCAGCUAUCAUGAAGCAACUGUUGACCAAGUACGAUAACCUCUUUGAAGUUUCGUUCCCGUACUCGAUGGGCUGGCACGGAGCCCCAACUGGCCCUCAUUUAAAAGAAGACAACUCCCACUGGCAGCUUCAUGCUCAUUACUACCCCCCUCUGCUACGUUCAGCCACAGUGAAAAAGUUCAUGGUGGGGUACGAGAUGCUCGCCCAGGAGCAAAGGGAUCUAACUCCAGAACAGGCUGCUGAGAAGCUAAGAAACCUUCCAGAGGAGCACUAUAAAACGAGAGAACCGUGAAAAGGAAGCACAAUGGAAAUGAAACAAUCCCAUCAAUUCUUGGAAGAGCUCUGUUUAGAGGCCUACCAACCAAAAUAUGCCUUUAAGAAAACAGAGAACAAUUGAUGGUGUAUUCCGGUACAAAUUGCAUCCCUGACAGCUUUAAAUGCAAGUGUUGCAUUGUAUGUCAUUGCUUAGGUACAGAUUUUGGACAGAAGUCUAGACGUAAACAAUGACACUAAAUGCAUGCAAGAACUGAAAAAGACUUUAAUCAGUUCAAAUCUGAGUCUUCUCACCACACAGCAACUUUCAUGAUAAAUCAAUUGAUACAUCUUGUGGCUGAAGGAUGGUGUGGAGAGAACAUGUUUAGCAA